CAACACGAGACGAACACGCGUGUUUAGACGACAACAAAAUAUUUCAUCGUUUCGCUGUGAAUAAACAAGAAAGUUCAAGAACAAUGGAGAAGAAAAAAUUUAAAAAACAUCAAAAUAAUAAAAAAGGACAAGGGAAUAAGGUGAAAGGUGGCGGAAAACCGAUUUUCAAAGCAAAAAUAAAAGGUGGUAUUCGUGAAGAUGCUGAAAUCAAAUCGCUACAAGAAAAAUAUCCAACAAUUAACCCGAAGAAAGUGGAGAAAUUCAGUGAUUUUCCGCUGUCGAGAAAAACAUUGCAAGCACUUCAAAAAAACAAAUACCUAAAACCGACUGAAAUUCAACGUCAAUCGAUCGGCUAUGCUUUACAGGGUCGUGAUAUUUUGGGCGCCGCUAUCACUGGCAGUGGUAAAACAUUGGCUUUUUUGAUUCCGGUUAUGGAGAAUUUGUUUGUGAAAAAAUGGGUGCGACAAGACGGUGUCGGCGCCAUCAUCAUAUCGCCAACACGAGAAUUGGCCUAUCAAAUUUUUGAAACAUUAAAAAAAGUCGGUGCACAUCAUGAUUUUUCGGCCGGACUAAUUAUUGGUGGAAAAAAUUUGAAAUUUGAACGCUCCCGCAUGGAUCAGUGUAAUGUGAUUAUUUGCACACCCGGUCGAUUGCUGCAACACAUGGACGAAAAUCCACUUUUCAAUUGUUCGACAAUGCAAAUGUUGGUUUUGGACGAAGCCGAUCGAUGUCUUGACAUGGGAUUUGAAGAAGCGAUGAAUGCUAUUAUUGAAAAUCUACCGGCCGAACGACAAACACUACUAUUCUCAGCCACACAAACAAAAUCGGUCAAGGAUUUGGCCCGUUUGAGCCUUCGCGAACCAGUUUAUGUUGCGCCGCAUGAACAACAGGCUGUUAUUACACCGGCCGCUUUGAAACAAAACUACGUAGUCAUCGAAUUAGAGGAUAAGCUCACAAUGUUGUGGUCAUUCAUCAAAAAUCAUUUGAAACAGAAGACAAUUGUUUUCAUGGCAACUUGCAAGCAAGUCAAAUAUAUCAACGAGAUAUUUCGUAAACUUCGAACCGGUGUCAGUGUUAUGGCUCUGUAUGGUACCUUACAUCAAGAUCGUCGAAUGGCCAUUUAUGAUGAAUUUUGCCGAAAAUCAAGUGCAGUACUAUUGGCCACCGACUUGGCGGCACGAGGCCUGGAUAUUCCAGCAGUUAAUUGGAGCAUACAAUUGGACGCGCCGUCAGAUCCCAAUGAAUACAUUCAUCGAGCCGGACGGACGGCACGAAACACUGCUCAUGGUGAAAGUUUAUUAGUUUUGUUGCCCAGUGAAGAAGAAGGAAUGAUUAAAGCACUCAACGAACUUAAGAUACCAAUCAAUAAAAUUCAUGUUGACCCGAAGAAAAUGUUUACACCACGUGCCAAAAUGGAAGCAUUUUUAGCUCAAAAUAAAGAAUUGAAAGAGUCAGCACAACGUGCACUAAUCAACUAUGUUAAAUCAAUUGCAUUAAUGAAAAACAAGGAGAUUUUCAAAGUAGAAGCGUUAAAUAUUGAAGCAUAUGCACAAUCGCUUGGCUUGAUGUUUGCGCCCAGAGUGAAAUUCUUACAAGGUGUAAAAUAUUUUGCCGAAAAGAAGCGGGCCGAAAAGGAGAAGGCAAAUGAAAAGGAUUUGGCACAUAAAUUGGAAACGAAAGACAGUGAAAGUGAAGAAAGUGAUGAUGAAUCUGGUGCAGAUGAAGAAGAUGUGGGCAGUGAUGGAAAGGAAUCAGCAGCAUCAAGCGAUGAAUCCGAAUCUGAAUCAGAGGAUGAGAAAAUCAAAACAAAAAAUCCAUUCGCAGCAGACGCAAAUAAAUUCCACGAUUCGUCUUCGGAUGAAGAGGAUGAUUUUAUGCGCAUCAAACGACGAGAUCAUGAAAUUGAAGAAGAUACAUUGCCCGAAGUGCCCGAUUUGGCCGAAAUAAAAGCGAAGAAACAGAAAGUCGUUACAAAAGCAGCGCUGGCCAAAAAAUUGAUCAAAAAGAAAAUUUUGCCCAACACAAAAGUUGAAUUCGAUGAAGAAGGCAAUGAACUGGAAAAGACAAACACAUUAAAAUCAGAGUUAGCUAAAGAGUAUGAAAAAUCGGCCGGAAGUGGAAUUGAUAUUUUGAAAGCCAGAGAAUUGAUUAAAGAAGAGGAUAAAUUCGAUAAAGAGCGAUUCAAGAAAAUGGUCAAAGCCAAGCACCGCGAAAAGAAAUUGAAGGCGAAAAAACAAGAUGGCGAUGAUAACGAUGGAGAACAAGACGAUUUUGGAAGUGAUGCAGAAAGCGACGGGCCAGACCUAUCGUGGUUGCCCGACCCUGACAAAGUUUUCAGCAAUAAAAAUGGUGAUGUGUCCGAUUCGGAAAGUGAAAGUGGAUUUGGUGGUCGUCAAGUCGUUAAUGCAUCAAGUGACGACGAUGACAGUGAAUCGGAAGAAGAAGAACCAAUUCACCAAACAACUAAACGAAAACAUUCAAUCACUAAAGAAGAUAGCGAAAAUGAAGAGGAAGAACCAUCAACUUCGAAGAAAAUACGUAAAAUCACAUCAAAAUUGUCGGUGGAUGAUGCCGAAUCAUUUGCCAUGCAACUUUUGUCCAAGUAAAACAGUUUUAACUCAUUCAAAAUUUAAAGUGUACAUAAUUUAUUUUGAUCCCCAAAAGUACUAUGUAUUAAAACCCUUUUAUUUUAUAUCGUAAUAAAAACAACAACAUUUCAACAUAAA